UUGCGUCGUCAGUGAAGUUCCUGAUCCGCUGCAGACGAGCAGUGCGCCGCAAACAUCCACCCUCUCCAAAGAGGAAAAGACAGGAAGAGCGAGCACCAUGAGCGGAUUUCACAGCUGAAAUCUCUUCACGGUGAACACACUGACAACUACAUGUGUGACAAACUCUGGUAGAAAAGGAAAAAAAGGAAGCGAAAAGAGAAAAGAGCGGAAUGUUGGCUGAGAAGCAAACCGGGAAGGGAAGGAGGACGACGCUGUGAGAACGGAUCUUUCCUGCGAGGCUUCAAACCACCUCAGCGCUCCACGGGAGGAGAGGGACGGGGAGAACCGAAGCAGAGGAGGGGGGUAAAAAUGCUCAAAGUUUGGCCGUGUCGUGGACAACAGCUGCAGAAAAUGAGCAUCAUUUAAACGAAGAAUGCAUGUCGUUUGGGAUAUAUGUGUGAUUCUGCAAACAUACAUCAUCUGCACUUCAUCAGGUCAGCCUAUUACAUCCAAGCUUGAUGCGGGUUGGUGGGCUUAUAAGGACGUUGUCCAGGGAAGCUUUGUUCCAGUCCCAUCCUUCUGGGGUCUGGUGAACUCAGCCUGGAACCUGUGUGCCAUAGGAAAGAGGCAGUCUCCCAUCGACAUCGAGACCACUCACAUGAUCUUCGACCCCUACCUGACCCCUCUGAGGCUCAACACCGGAGGACGCAAGAUGGGCGGGACCAUGUACAACACAGGGAAGCACGUGUCCUUGCGACCGGAUAAAGCCCACCUGGUGAACAUCUCUGGGGGCCCGCUGGGUUACAGCUACCGGCUGGAGGAGAUCCGCCUCCACUUCGGGAGCGAAGACUCUCACGGGUCAGAGCACCUCCUGAAUGGGCAAGGCUUUCCUGGAGAGGUCCAGCUGAUCCAUUACAACCAGGAUCUGUACACCAACUACACCGAGGCAGCUAAGAGUCCUCAUGGCGUCGCUGUGGUCUCCAUCUUUAUAAAGCUCUCUGAAAACUCCAACGCCUUCCUCAACCGCAUGCUCAAUAGAGACACCAUCACCAGAAUUAACUACAAACACGAUGCGUUCCUAUUGAUGGGCCUGAAUAUAGCCGACCUGUACCCCGACACCACCCGCUACAUCACCUACGAGGGCUCCAUCACCAUCCCUCCCUGCUACGAGACGGCCACGUGGAUCCUCAUCAACAAGCCCAUCUACGUGACGCAGAUGCAGAUGCACUCCCUGCGCCUGCUCAGCCAGAACGAACCCUACAAGAUCUUCCUGAGCAUGAGCGACAACACGCGGCCCACCCAGCCUCUGCUGCAGCGCUGCAUCCGCACCAACAUCAACUUCAGCAAGCAGGGCCGCGACUGCCCCAACAACCGUGCCCUGCGCCCCCAGUACAGAGUGAAUCAGUGGCUCCUGAAGUAGAAGAUGAAAACGUGAAGCCACGAGAGGAGAGGCAGGAAUCAUUUGAGUCUAUUUCACACUGCCGAACCGAGCUGAGCUGAACAAACGAGAGAUGAACUGAACGAAAAGCACAAGAGCUGCACUAAAGACAGCUUAACUAAACUGAUAUCAGCUGAGCUCAACUGACCGAACUCUAAACUAACUGCUGUGCCGGCCUCCUACACAUCCACAGUCUAACACAAAUCAUUGGAGGCUGCACAGCGAGGGUACAGAUCAGUCCAAAGUGUGAAAUAGACCAUAAGGACUCUGGUGUCUACACUGUACUGUGUUUUUAUUUGUUGUGUGAACUCACAAAGACUGAUGUAAAGAUUCAAUCAUUUCCUGGCUGAUGUUCAGAGGGCUGGAUGUGUUUUAAAGACAACACUACGAGAUGUUUGGCUGUGAUCAUCACUUGUCUACAUUCAAAUCCUGGCUACAGAAAGCAAUUAUGAAAAAUACCAUCCACUCACAGGAGGAAUUACUACAUUUCCACUGAUGUUCUGAACCCCCGGCGACAGAGAAACACUCAGCUGUGGGAUGAUGAUGUGAGACAUAAAAAUAUGCUGGUCCUGAUAUCAAAUGGUAACUAAAGAAGGUAAUUUUCAAAGAGAAUGUGAGACGUGUGAAUAUCAGGUUACAUAGCUAAAGGGUGAGAGUAAGAGGAAGAGACUCCAACGCUGACAUUUCCCAGACCUGAACAGAUGGAGCCAGUGGAGGUGUGAAAGGGAUGGGUGACUCGCUUUGCAUGAUUUUGAAAUAGUUCACUCAGCUUCAUGGUAUUUAAUUAAAAUGACAGAGAUCACUUCACACCAGGUCCUUGCUUUUCACAGCAACAUAAAAGGAAGGCCUCCACUACAAAAAUCCAAGAGUUAGUAGUGAGAGACAUCAAAAAUAUUCCAUUUAUACUAAAAACGGCUAAUUCUACAAAGCCAAUGAUAAGAAAAUUGACCAUUUGCUAAACCCCUGCCCUAAAUAAUGACGAUUCAGUCAUGAAACAUGGCACAUCUGUCACAUUAUUAUCAGUUCUGUGUUUGUCAUGUAGUAAAAACAGGCAAAGCUGAUUGACAGACAGCGACAAAGUUAGUGUAGGGAGGAUGGAUGGGUUAAAAAAAACAUUGUUUCCUGUUUCAGACCAUCAAUGAUUGUUCUUUCAGCCAUUACUUGUCCGUAAUCAUAAAACAAAGGUCCUCUAACCUGUGACAAAAACUUAGCACUUAGCUUGGUUAGUCUAGUCUCACCGUACAAUGCUAGUGCUGCUGUAUCCUUGUCCUCUACAUGAAUUAUCAGCCCAUGAGGACACUUCCUUUUUGCCUUAAAAGCAAGCAGCUGAUGUAGUGUUCGCUUGUUGUCAUGGUUAUCAUGAUACAGAAAUCUUUAACAAAUCUCCACAUUUGUCCAUAAUUAUUAGGAAUUUGUCCAGAACUUGCUCAAAAAAUCCUCUUUUCCUGUUAAUCUGUCCAAAAUGAGUUAAACAUGUAGGAUGGCUGAGAAGGGUUCCAAAAAUGACAAAAAAAAAAUGUUCAAAAUGACUCAAAUUUGACCUCAGAAAAUCAGUGUGUUCUCUAAAUGUUGUCAAAAUUUGUCAAAAAUGACCUGAAAUAUGUGCAAAAUGAGUAGAAAUUACUCAAAUUUGUCCAGAACUUGCUCAAAAAAAUCCUCCAUAACUGUUCAAAGCCUAUCCAAAAUCAGUUAAUGGUCUAGGAUGGCUUAGAAGGGUUAAAAAAAUGACUAGAAAUGGAUCUAAAAUGACUUUAGAAUGGCAAAAUUUUCUUUGAAAAAGUAGGAAUUAUUCACAGUUACUGUUUUAGAAACUGUCCUGGUCCUCAGCGGUGGAUUUGUAGUAGGAUCACAAUCAUGUGAUCAUCAGCAGGCAGCUGAAGUAGUGUUCACUUGUUGUCAUGGUUACAGUGAUGCCGUGCUGCUAUCUGGCAAUGAUACAGAAAUCCUUAACAGAUCCGUGGAUCCAGACUUUAAGCCGCAUCACUGCCAGAAUCUAAUCACUUGGUCCUUGUGUCAUUUCUGACCUUCCCUGAAAAUUUCAUCCAAAUCCGAUAGUACGUUUUGGAGUAAUGUUGCACACAGACAGACUAACGGACAGACAAACGUACACCGAUCGUUACACAACUCCUCCGCGUUCCUUGGCGGAGUAAUAAUGGAUUGAUUCUGGAAGACUAUUGAUUUAGAACCUCUCUCCUCAUGACACAGAUGAUUGUCCAACCGAUGAGGAUCUGGUCCGAUGGGACGUGAUAUCGAUGAAGCAGGUGACCUGGAUCUAACAGUAAUAGCACUGAGUGACGUUUGUUCUACUGCAGAGGUGGUUUAAAGUACUAUACUUAUUCAAUAUAGGACUACAUUAGAUUUCAGCGUUUGAUUACCUUUAACAGCAGACUUCAGCAGACGUGAGUCACUCAUGUUGCUUUUUCUGUCCUUUCUCUUUUAGUGCCAGCUCAGACUGAUCAGAGCUUUCAGAGAGAAAAUGACUUUCUGACAAGUAACGUUUAGUUUUCAAGAGAUUUCUACAACUUGAAAAAAAAAACUGUGAAAAUCUGUUGCUAAAGAUUUAGUGGAGGUAAAUCUGUUGUUAAUGCAGACUGCAUAUGUGCCAUGAGAGAACAGAAAGCUUGACGUGUCGCAAAAGAAGAGGAACGGGGUUUAGAGAAUGGUCAAUGGUCAAUUGGACAUGAGGUGUUGAGUCAGAUUUAACAAAAGCAACACAAAGAGACACAGCGAAGUUAAAGUGAUGUUUAAGAUAACUGUGCUACAGUGUAAUCCAAAGGUCUAAUUAAAAGAUAGCAUUUCUGCCACUUGAAAUCAUGUUGUUGAGUAAAAUAUCAAAUAAAAAUUACAUUAUUAUUGAUUAUUCUGUUAUUAAAGUCACAAGUCACCUUCAUAUUUUGUUCAGAUGUAUUAUGUAUUAUCAAGAUGCAGAUAUUACCGUCUGAAAUAUUAAAGAUGCUCUGUGGAGUUUCCUCAUUAAAAAACAACAGCCAGUUUUCCAUUUUCACCAAAGCCUUCAGCCUUCAUGCUUUGUGAACACGUUGAAUCCUGUUCCAUCCUCGUAAAACAUCUGUAUGUUGGAUUUAUUGGAAACCAGUGUUGUUUAUGUAUUUGUUUACAAGCAUCACUUCCACCUACAGUAUAUUUAUCAGUGAAAAAGUGUCACCCCAUUGACAUCAUCUGCUAAACAAAACCAAAUUCAUCAGAAAAAAAAAAACUACACGUCAAAAACUCCACAGGGUACCUUUUAACAGAUCUCAGGUUCACAGUAAAGGUUUUCAUGGGCUGACCCUCAUCCUCAUCAGAAAUAAUGAAGAGUCUCCUUGGAGCCAUUCAGGUAUUGAACACACAGACUCCCUGCAUAUAAUAUGAACCCGCCUCGGCUGUGGGAUCUUUAAACUGAACAGACUGAAGAAGACUUUGGUCGGCACGUGGAAUUUCGACGUGAUAAUUUGUAAAAUGGGUGCAUGUUCUGGAUGGACGUCAUUGAUGACACAACCGAUCAUUAGCUUGUUGGAUUGUUUUUUCAGUUUGCUGUGAUGUUGUAUCAUGAAGGAAACAAUGCUGGGUCUUUCUGUUUGUUUAAUUAAAAUUUAAAAAAUAACAAAUGUAACUAAUAAAUACAUGGAAGUGUAACGACGGUGGAGAUCAGCUAUCACAUCUAGCUAAGCGAUGGAAUUCGCACUUAUAAAAAUUAUACCAUUUCUUUUGGAGUAGCCUGAAAUAUAACUCAUGGUAUACUUUGAGUGGUACUGUAAAUAUGGGUUUGGUUUUAGCUGGAUUACAAUGGAAAUACAUACAUUUUUGAACAAAAAUAAAUGCUGUUGUUGUAUGUUUAA